AUGGCGGAAACUAAGAGCGGUUUUGACGUUCGUGGUGAUGUAAUAAGUGGUGAAAAUGCCGAUUCCAAGGAACAUGUUUAUCUCGAGGAAACGUUCUAUAUUCUCACAAAAAAGAAGUCCGUGUUUAGAGUUCGGCUAACAUCUAAAGGGCUAUCAUUGAUUAAAGAAACGGACGACGUAUCGAAGGAGCAAACCAUACUUUUGCGAGAUAUAAUCGGCAGCAAGUGCAUGCGAAGUAAGAGACGUCGACCAGGAGCAGGUUCCUGCGUGUGCAGCUCCCUCGUGGGGAGUCAGCCCCUCAAGGUGGUUGAUGAAAACAGCGGCGACCUCGACGAGAGCGAUAUUAGCGCAUACCUAUACAUCUACGCGUAUAUACUAAAGGAUGGGCGCCGUGUACGCAAAAGGGAAAGGACGACUAUCACGCUGCGGUUCAGGUCGUACGACAAAUACGAGGAUAACAACAAGGAGGCUCAGAAGUGGCGGAACACCAUCAAGUGUUUGAUCGUCAGUCAGCCGGUGACCGUCAGCCUGCCCUCGAACGACAAAAAGCUGCUUGUUCUGUUGAACCCGAAGUCGGGGCCGGGGAAAGCGCGGGAACUGUUUCAGACGAAGGCUGCGAGUAUUUUGCUGGAGGCUGAAGUCCCGUACGACCUGCACGUGACGAAGUAUGCUCAGUACGCGCGAGAGUUUGUCCGCACGAGAAACGUGUAUGCCUGGCGAGGCAUCGUCGCGGUGGGAGGAGACGGGGUGCUGUUCGAGAUCUUGAAUGGGAUGUUUGAGAGGCUGGACUGGCAGCAGGCACUAGCCGAAGUACCCCUCGCUAUCCUGCCCUGCGGCUCUGGCAACGGUCUUGCCCGAACUAUAUGUCACCAUUACAAUGAACCUUACAUUCCACAAAACCUGACGGGGAUGUCGAUGGCGCUGGCGCGAGGUAAAACUACCCACAUGGACGUCGUCAGAGUGGAAACUAAAACAAAAAUAAUGUUCUCAUUCCUAUCCGUCGGCUGGGGUCUUCUUUCGGACAUCGACAUCGAGAGUGAAAGUCUGCGACUCAUCGGCGGGCAGAGGUUCACCCUGUGGGCCCUCGCGCGGCUGGUCGGCCUAAGGAAGUACAAGGGGGUGGUCAGCUACGCCAAAAUAAAAGAUAUCAGUACCCUCCCCAAACCGAAGUUCCCUUUAACGCUCUCCCACAGCGUCAGCCAAGAUGGCACCUUAGACUCACCGGACGCCGAGGCGUUCUUCGAUUGCGACGAAAACUCCGACGUUUUCACGCACAGGGAGAACGGUAAACGCCACCAAAGGGUCGACUCAUGGUACUCCGUUAACUCCAGAAAGAGCGCAUUCUAUAGCACACGCGGCUCAGAGUACCACAGUGUCACGAGCAACGGCUCAGAAAUGAGGUCGCCUGUCCACGUGUGCAUGCACGGUCCGGCUUCUCAUCUACCCGCACUCAUGUCCCAACUACCUUCCCAUUGGACCCACGAGGAGGGGGAAUUCGUAAUGGUCCACGUCUCGUACCAGUCCCACAUCGGUGAGGACCUCCAUUUCGCGCCUCAAUCCCAGAUAUCAGAUGGCGUUAUGUGGAUGCUCAUCAUCAAAGCCGGGAUAUCCAGGUCCCAAGUGUUCUCCUUCCUCCUCGGACUCAACCAAGGCAACCAUUCCACUGCGAACGAUGAGUAUAUAAAAAUGAUUCCAGUGAGUGCGUUCAGGAUAGUGCCCGAAGGUCCAAAUGGAUACCUUACGGUGGACGGUGAGCUAGUAGAGUAUGGGCCCAUCCAAGCCGAAGUGUUUCCUAACUUAGUCAACCUAAUAGUACCAGAUACGAAAUAAUACAAACUGAUUUUGUAAAUAUUGCUAGUGUCAAAAGUGCACAUAUUCAAAUGGUUGUGGCUAACGAUACUAGUAUAAAUUAAAAUUAUAUAGAUUUUGUGAUUAAAGUGGGAAUAAUUACAACUCAAAUUGUGAUAAUUUCUUAUUAAGGGAUGUGUUAAUGUUCGGUAACUAGUCAAAGCGUGUGUGCAAUACGUGCCAAGUGUUUGGCACUCGAAACACGAAAUAUUCCAACAUUGUAAAUGUAAUUAUAUCGAAUGGUUAUUAACAAGUUUGCCCGAAACUGGGGCACUCGAUAUAAUAUUAUUAUGUACAUGCUAAUAACUAAUAAGUAUAAUAUGCUACAAUUUUUUAAUACAUGUAUGGUACCAUCUA